GCGGCCGCGGUUGCCUGGAGCCCGCGUUGCCGCCUGAGACCAGUAAUAUGGCGGGGAGGAGGAGAAGGCGGCGGCGGGCCGAGGUGCUCUCCCUUGGUACCAAUUGAGCCAUUUGCUUCCUGACAAGGCCUGUGGCGUGGGGAAAAAAGCCGACUGGGCCGUGGGAGAUCAGCAAGUGCUUCCUGUGUUCUGACACUGUGGUAUGUAAUGAGGAUUCAGUGGUGAGCAAGACUAAGAAGGUACCUGUGCUUAUGGAGCUUACGUUUUGGUGGAAGAAGACAAACAAAAACCAAGGAAAUAAACAAGAUAAUUUCAGAUAGUGUCUGAUUGUGGGAAGAUGGAGGAAUAUGAAAAGUUCUGUGAGAAAAGUCUUGCCAGAAUUCAAGAAGCAUCAUUAUCCACAGAGAACUUUCUACCUGUUCAGUCUGAAAGCAUCUCACUUAUUCGCUUCCAUGGAGUGGCUGUGCUUUCGCCACUGCUUAAUAUUGAGAAGAGAAAGGAGAUGCAACAAGAAAAGCAGAAAGCACUUGAUGUAGAGGCAAGAAAACAGGUUAAUAGGAAGAAAGCUUUACUGACUCGUGUCCAGGAGAUUCUUGAAAAUGUUCAGGUUAGAAAAGCAGCUGAUGUCAAUGAUUUUGAUCAGUGGGAGUCUGACACACUUUACUCUAAUUCAGAAAUCAGAAACUUGAAUGAUUCUGCUACAUUUCCAAAUAACUUGCCAAGCCCUUCUGAGCACUCUGCUUUAGCAGAAUUUGAAAAGAUAACUGGAGUUUUGCCUUUGAAUAAUGAGGACCAAUUUAAAUCUAGUGGGAUAGACCUACCUGGAGACUCAGAAGAACUUAAUUCUCUGAAGCAAUGUGAUGGUUCAGGUAUUAGCCACAUAGAAAAUGAAGCUUCUCUAAAAACCUCUUCAGCAACCCCACAAGAGACUCUUAUUUCUGAUGGUCUCUUCCCAACAAAUGAAGAACGGGAACCGUCAUUUUUGGACGUCACUCCAGAUCCCUAUGUAAUAAGUCUUCAGAACCUAAUGAAAAAAUCAAAGGAAUAUAUAGAAAGAGAACAAUCUAGGCGCAGUUUGAGAAGCAGUGCAAAGAGGAUUGUUAAUGAGAGUCACUCAGACAAAGAAAAUGAUGCUGUUAAAGUGACUGACUGUGUAAAGGAGAAGACCCAACUGAUAGGCAAACACUGUGGCUCAGUUAUUCCUGACAAACCAAGCCUUAAUAAAUCCAAUGUUCUCCUCCAGGGUGCUUCUGUUCAAGCAAGCAGUGUGACUAUGUCAAUUAUGGGUAGCUUUUCCAAAGUAGACAUACCUGUACAAACUGGCCAUCCCUCUAGUUUAGAUCCUGAUUCUGAUUUUAAAGUCAUUCCCACUUUUAUUACUGAAAAUAAUGUUAUCAAAAGUCUUACUGGUUCAUAUGCCAAAUUACCUAGUCCAGAGCUAAGCCUGAGUCCUAAAAUGCAUCGAAGGCGUUCUAGGCCAUCAUCAGCAUGUCAUAUACUUAUAAAUAAUCCGAUAAAUGCCUGUGAAUUAAGUCCUAAAGGAAAAGAACAGGCAGUGAACUUAGUUGUUCAAGAUACUGAUGAAAAAGCAAAUGAACCUGAAACUGUGCCAAAGUUACCAAUUGAUGUAGCAGGAGUUUGUUCAAGCAAAGUUUAUGUCAGCAAAAAUACAUCUGAAGACUUAGAGGAAAUGGUUUUAGGUAAAUCAACUCAGGUAUGUCAAUCUUCAGGAAAUCAGUUGGAAAAUAAAGUUAUCCAUGGACUUGCUGUGGUGGAAGGUCAGUCAACAGCUGAUGGGAGAGGACCACACAAAGUGGACAGUGCUUGUGCGACAGUGCCCAGAUUGCAUGAGCUGUACGCCAACGGUCAGAGUGUAGCAAGUCAAAACUUUGGAACGGUCAGUGGACUCAGUGGAUUCAAGUCAGCUGGUGUGUUAGAGAAAAACUCCUGCAAUUUACAAACGGAACUGAAUAAGUCUUAUGAUGUAAAAAACCCAUCUCCUUUACUGAUGCAAAACCAAAAUACCAGGCAGCAGCAAAUGGACACCCCUACCGUGUCCUGUGGGAAUGAACAGUUUUUGGAUAACAGUUUUGAGAAAGUUAAACGUAGACUUGAUUUAGAUACUGAAAGCUUGCAAAUGGAAAAUUGCCCUUAUGUCAUAACAACUGGAAUAGCCGAGCAGGAAAGGCAACACUUGCCAGAGAAAAGAUACCCAAAGGGAUCUGUAUACAUUAACAAGAAUAAAAUAUUAGAAAAUAUUUCCAAAGAAGGCGAGGAGAUAUUAAAAAGCAAAAUGUUAGCUUUUGAAGAAAUGCGGAAAAGACUAGAAGAACAGCAUGCCCAGCAAUUAUCACUGCUCAUAGCUGAGCAAGAACGGGAACAGGAAAGAUUACAGAAGGAAAUAGAAGAACAGGGGAAAAUAUUGAAAGAGAAGAAGGUGAUGACCACAGAAACCUCUGAGUUGAACAUGAGCAAUGUGGUGGACUUAGAGUGGAGAAAACGAAGCGACUCUGGUCUGCUGGAAACAAUGCUGUCUCAGGUGGACUCGCUCCAGACUUCAAAUUCAAAUGGUUCUGGUUUCACAAAUUCUGCUCUACAACAUAGCUUUGGUUCUGCAAGUGAAGCACCAUUCUACCUUUGGGGGUCAUCAACUAGUGGCUUGACCAGACUCUCAGUAACAAGGCCUUUUGGAAGGAGCAAAACUAAAUGGUCGCAGAUUUUCAGUCCAGAAGUACAAGCAAAAUUUAAUAAAAUAACAGCAGUGGCAAAAGGAUUUCUUACUCGGAGGCUUAUGCAGACGGAUAAGCUGAAGCAACUUCGACAAACAGUAAAAGAUACUAUGGAAUUCAUAAGAAGCUUUCAGUCUGAAGCACCGUUAAAGAGAGGAGUUGUUUCAGCCCAGGACGCAUCUCUUCAGGAAAGAGUCUUAGCUCAGUUGCGAGCGGCCCUGUAUGGUAUUCAUGACAUAUUCUUUGUCAUGGAUGCAGCUGAAAGGAUGUCUAUUCUACAUCAUGAUCGAGAAGUUCGCAAGGAGAAAAUGCUCAGGCAAAUGGAUAAAAUGAAAAGUUCACGAGUGGCUCUUUCGGCUGCAACACAGAAGUCUCUUGAUAGGAAGAAGUUCAUGAAAGCUGCUGAAAUGGGAAUGCCCAAUAAGAAAUUUCUGGUUAAACAAAAUCCUUCUGAAACAAGAGUCCUUCAGCCGAACCAAGGACAGAAUGCACCUGUGCAUAGGCUACUUAGUAGACAAGGAACCCCUAAGACAUCAGUGAAGGGGGUUGUGCAAAAUAGACAGAAGUCUUCACAGAGCAGAGUGCCUAACAGAGCGCCUGUUUCAGGAGUAUAUGCAGGAAAAACCCAAAGAAAGCGGCCAAAUGUUGCGACAAUUUAAGAAGACAACAUUCAUUAGGGUAAAAGGAGGGAGGGGGUGUUUCAUCCAUAUUUGUCCUGCCUAAGACUUUAACCGUGGGCUGUUUACACAGGCAAAGUGACCUCAGAGGACUGAGCAGUUGUCUGGAUAUUUUGCUCAGUGUGGUUGAUUCCUUCUGCGCAUCCCUUUUCUCCUCAUAAUACUCGGUUUGGGCAAAGACAAACUAGUAUUAGUCAUUGACUCAUCUCUGUGCUUAACCUAUACAAAAAUAAGUUUGUUUUAUGUACCCAGAUAUCUGCAGAGAAGCUUUUUGUAAAUCUGAGGGACAUUUGGCAUUAGUUCUAUAAAACAUUGAAAAGCUAUGUUAAAUUAUAAAUAAAUUCUGAAAUAGAAAUUUCAAUCUCUGGUGAAUUUGAGAAACAGAUACUAUUCUACUCAAGGGGAAAUUACUGCUGAAGAAUGUUUUCCCUUCAUUUGAUAACUUGAAAAACUGAUUAGUCUCUCAGUCUUCAUAUUCUCGGAUUUAACAGUAUGACCACACAGGAUAAGACACUUUCUGCUGACUGUGGUCCACCUAUAAUUUACCACAGAAGUAUCUGGGGGUCACCAUUAUGAUUGCAAGUGUACAUUCCUCUUAACAACUUGUUGGUUUACAGAAAUAAAAGUUACCAUGGGACUCUUAGAAAUAUUUCUGCUAGAUUGGGGAGUAGCAAAUUGGGGAAGACAGCACAAUCUCCUUGAAAUUAAUAGCACCUAGGAAUGCAUUAUUACAUCCAUUGCUGUAAAAUAGGAGUAACAUGUUGCAUGCUGUUAUAUUUUGUCUGUAUAAUUUUAUUUCAUCAUAGUCUGCUUUUUCUAGCAUGCUUGAUUUAGGAGAAGAUAAAGGGCUAUAUAAUAUAAAUUCAGAUUUCCAAAUUGGGAUAAUAUUGUCUUGUUAAAAUUCAGCAUUACUUAAGAGGCACUGAAGUUAUCACUGACAUGUUUAUUUUUAAAAAAAAGGUUACCAAGGGAAUAUGAUUUUAUGAAAGAGAAUGUCACUAUUAAUUUAGCACAGCAUUUCCAAAAAGGGCUUUGUGCUUCUCACAUAAAAUUGGGACUGUGUGCAUUUACUCUUUCUAACUUGAAUUUAAAAAAAAUACUGGUGUUUUGAAAAUGCAAAUCUUAAUAUCCUUUUAUGAUUUUAGGUAUAGAUCAUUUUAUCUGAUUUUUGGUUCAUUUAAAAUUUAACUUUUACAUCCAGCUGUAGACAGAAAAUAAUAAUCUACUCUGGGUAUAAACUUGAUUUUCUUUGUUGAGAACUAUCAAUUACUGAAUGAAUGAACCAGAAAAUGAGAAGAUGGUGAAAAAUAUCUGAGUUACCAGUUUUUUAUUUGUAGGAAAAGUAUCUCAGUUAUCUUUUUAAUAUGACAAGUUGUGCUUUAUCAUUCUGAAAACUCAGGAUACAACUUACUCAUGUCAUUGUGGGUUUUUCUAGUAAGAAAAAUAGAAGUUUUGUGUACACUAAAGCCGAUUAGCUAAAACAAAUAGUAUGUUUUGGAUAAAGUUGGACCUAGUUUCAGAUUAAGAAUGAGAAACUUGAGUGUUUUUUUAAAUUUAAAGAUAACAUAGUUUGUGUGUUUUCAACAUAUUUUUAAUGUUCACAGCCUUUUCUUAUAAGUGCCAGACAUUGUUUUGUGCUUUCAGUGGAUUUUUAUUUAUAUACAUUAUUUUUGUUAUUUUUGAGUGGUAUGUCCAUUAAUGUAAAUUGUAUUUAU